GCUAGCGUGCAGCAACCUGUGUCAGUGGCUAUGCAGACAAUCGCCUGGGCAGAUCCAACCUAUGCAGUGGAUGCCCAAGAUACCCUUGCUGAGUCCUAAGCCCUUCUCUAGCGACAGGAAGAAGGACGAGGACCUGAAUACCUGGGUAAGGACUGUACCUACUUAUGUGAGGCACAAGCUCACAAGGCCAAAGCAGAAAGUCAUAGUUGCUGCCUCCUUUUUAGAAGGAUCGGCAACGCGUUGGUUGAAUGGCUUAGUGCAACAACAUGGCUACGAUCAGAACUUUGAUGCCUGGGCCCAGACCCAAACAUUAGAAGACUACGUACGGUCUGUGUAUAAUAGGUGGCAUGACCCUCAAGGGGCUCUGAAGGCCACCGACCCGAUCAACAGUCUUUGUGACAAAAGGUACAAGAAUGUUCGCGAGAUCACAGAUAUCGUAGAACGUCUGCUCGUGGUACCUCGUGUGCGCUACGACCAGCAGGUACUCCUCACGAAUUACUUGAGAUAUCUACCUUCAGAGGUUAGGACUAAGCUGGUGGAUGAGGCCUACGUCGACCAACACAAUUUCACUUCUUUCGGCAAGAAGUCCUUAGAUAUAGAAGCAAAGCUUGGGUCAGCGCAUCAGAAUCAAGGAGAUGGUAGGAGGAAGAAACUUCCCCAAGACUGGAAGAACAAGGGUCAACUAACGUUCGUCGACCAUGAUGGUCAGGAGACAGAAAUUGACGACUUCCCAGACUAUGGGGAUGAGAUAGAGCAUGAUGGGGUCAGUGAGACUUCGAAUGGGGGAGUUGUAGAGCCUAUCAAAGAAAAGGCUAGGGGGACCGGGAAGAAGAAGGUAGUCCGGUCUACGGGUCAGGGCGACCAAGGAAUACCCGCAUGGGUAAAACUUGGUUUAGAUUACGAGGUAUGGAGGGACCGAGUUGCCAGGGGCACGUGCAUGAACUGCGGCAACUACGGCCACACGUCUAGAACGUGUCGAGCUCCACCGGGAAGGAGUGUCAAUGGAUCGCAAAGGACGCACAAUGUGGCUGCAUGUCAAGAGGGAAAGGGUGAUUUUGAAUCGCCAAGGAUUUCCAACGAGUUCAUGAAUCUCCAUGAUGGAAGGUAUCGGGAGGAGUCGCCGAGAUCGUCGUCGGAAAUGGGAGCAGCAACGGGUGGCAGCGAGGAUCGUCGCAGUACUGAUCAACUUAAAUGUCAAGCCUUUAUCUUCCGCUACCACAAUGCGCAAACUCCGCCCUUUGUUGGGCGUGCUGCGCUGGGGGGAGAUGGCUCUCCAGUGUCCCAUGUUAUGAGACUCCCGUACCGAGGGGAAUUGUCAAAGGUGGCACUUCAACAACACUUCUUCUGCCCCUGUUGCGCCGACGUCCUUCGGAACCCGAUGACGUUACCUUGUAUGCAUGAUGUAUGCCACAGUUGCUUAGAGAAAGGUCGUAAGAAAACGCCGCCUGGCUCCCAAGUUGUCUGUCCUGUUGUGGGCUGUUACAUUCCUAUCCAUGGAACUCCGACUCCGAACACGCAACUCCGAGUGGCCAUUGGAAAGGUACCCAUCAGGUGCGUGAAUGGGAUCUCCUUCGAUGUCACAAGAUUGAAAUAUAAAAUGCUGAAAAUCGAUGUGCAGCCUCUCGCUUCGGACGACUUCUGUAGGCAAAUAUUGUCAUAUGAAAACCUCGACGUGCACAUGAGCACUUGCCAGUACAGGUUGGUGUUCUGUGGAUACCGCUCCGAAGGAUGCACGGAGAUUUGUUUGCUCCGUGAUGUCGCAAGCCAUGAGUCGUACUGCCCUUGGCGGAUGUCCGUCUGCGCAGGCUGUCAGGAGGAAGUAUGUGAAGCCAGGAUGGAUGAGCAUCUGGAGAAUGUUUGCCCGAUGGCUAUGGUUCAUUGCACCUACGUUAACUAUGGUUGCCCGCACAUAACGCGACGCUCAGAUUUGCAGAAACAUGUUUCGAGCUGCGCAUUUGGAGACGAAAAUGUGCUCACUGCCUUCAAGGCGUUGUUGGAAAAACUGGAGGCCAUGAAAAGGGCAGUCAGUGAGGAGCGUGCCAAUGCUUUGAAAUAUCAGCAGGAGGCAGAGUACUACAGGCAACGACAAGGGAUUAGAUGAAACAAGUGUAACAAACUGAGUAUUUUUAC